AUGCAAUCAUCGUUUAUUCCUAAAGAUUCAGAAUCUGAAGAACACAAACUAUUAGAACGACGACGAAUUCGUUUUACAAAUCAGCCAACGUCUAUAACUAAUAAAGCAAUUCAAUUAAUAAAUGAAACAAAUCAACCUUUGAUAGGCACAUGUGAAAAAUUAGAAAAGAAUUAUCUUCGUUUAACAAGUGCGCCCAAUCCAUCAACAAUUCGACCAUUAGCAAUUCUUGAACAAGCAUUUUCUUUUGUUUUAAAUAAAUAUAAAUCAAACAAUGAUUGGUCAUAUAUUAGUAAUCAAUUAAAAAGUAUUCGACAAGAUCUUAUGGUACAAUCAAUACGAAAUGAUUUUUCAGUAUUAGUUUAUGAAGAAAAUGCUCGAAUAGCACUUGAAAUGAGUGAUCUUGAUCAGUUUAUUCAAUGUCAAACACAAUUAGAACUUUUAUAUGAUAGUGGUUGUAAUCCUACUCAUUUAAUUGAAUUCCUUAUUUAUCGUUUACUCUAUUCAUUGUUACUUAAUGAUGAUAAAAAAGCAAAUCGAAUUCUUAUUGAAAUUGAUGAAGUAAACAUAUCAACAGAAAAAUCAAACAAUCUUAAUGUUGUUCUUGACUUUUGUUCAUCAUGUCGUCGAAAAGAUUAUAUUCAAUUAUUUAGACUCUAUAAAUCUUUACCUAGACUUGCUUGUUGUUUAGUAAAUUUUUUCAUUGAUAUUUAUCGUAAACAAAUGAUUCAGAUUUUAAUUUGGGGGUUUGCUCCAACACUUCCAACUGACGUUGUUACUACUAUGUUGGCUUAUGAAUCAAAUGAGAUUUGUCAAGAACGUCUCAGUUCAUUGGAUGAAGUAGAAUUGGUAAUUAAUUCAAAAGAUAAAGAACGUAUUUUCUAUUGUUCUAGUCGAGUUGAAUUAGAUAAGCAACGUAACAAAUUGAUGGCAUCGAUUGAUAAGCCAGUUUCAACUUCUCCAGCAUUUGAAAUAAAAACUGAACAAGCUAAUUCUACUACUAUACGUAUUCGUAUUAUUCCAAAUGGUUAUAUUGGUGUUAAUCGCAUUAUUUGCCAUUGGAGUAAUAAUAUUAGCAAUGGUCAAGCAGUUGAUCUUAUAAUUGGAGAAAAACCUGGCCUUAUUCAAAUGAACGAAUCUUGUCAAGCAUAUGAUCGUCGUUAUGUGCAAUGUAUAUUUCAUGCACCAAUAAUUGCACGUGCAUUUCAAAAUGGUUUUCCUCGACUUUAUCAAUUUUCGGAAUCUACUUCUGAAACAGAAUAUCAUUCACCAGAACUCGUUAAUAUUACCGAUGAAAAUGAACUUGUCUUUAACCUUGUACCUCGUGAAAAAAAUCGAAUUCCAAAGAAAAUUUCAAUGAAUGUAAAUAUGACAUUACGACGUUUCGAUUCAGCUUAUUACAAAUUUCAUAUUCAACCUAUACAUACAACUAAAGUCGAUUUUCGAAUAGAAAAUGUAUCGAGUAAUCACUUAACUAUUGUGAUUAAACAUAAUAAUACAGGAUUGAUAAGUGAACGUUUAUGUUCUGGGCAUUUUCAUUCAGUAGAUAAUCAAACGACAUUAACAGCAGUUCGGGAUAUCAUGGUAACAUCAGAUCAAACGAUUCUGAUUAAUCAUCUUCGUCCAUCAACACAAUAUAAAAUUUGUCUUCAUUGUUAUUAUGAACGAACUGAUCACUCAUUUAAAAAAGAAAUAUGUCAUACAAUCAAAACUAAAGGUAUAUUUACUGUAGAUAUUUAG